GGCAGGCGGGGCGCGAGCGGGGGGCACGGGAGACAGCGGCCGAGGCGCGGCGGGAGAGCAUCGAGGAGCGUCCGGAGCACAGGCCCAGCAGCCAUGGCGGUGGAAGGAGGAAUGAAGUGUGUCAAGUUCUUACUCUACGUUCUUCUGCUGGCCUUUUGCGCCUGCGCAGUGGGAUUGAUUACCAUUGGUGUAGCAGUUCAGCUUGCCUUGAACCAGACCAUCACCCAGGCGGCUACUCCUAGCUCCCUGUUACCCGUGAUCAUCAUCGCAGUGGGGACCUUCCUCUUCCUGGUGGCCUUUGUGGGCUGCUGUGGGGCUUGCAAGGAGAACUACUGUCUUAUGAUUACAUUUGCCACCUUCCUCUGUCUAAUCAUGUUUGUGGAGGUGGCUGUGGCGAUUACUGGCUAUGUGUUUAGAGACAAGGUGAUGUCGGAGUUUAAUAAAAGCCUGAACAAGCACAUGCAGGAUUACCUUAAAGACAACAGCACAGCUCAAGCUGUGGACAAAUGGCAGAAGCAAUUUCAGUGCUGUGGGGCCACCAACUACACAGAUUGGGAGACAAUACCGGGCAUGUCCAAGGACCGCGUCCCCGAUUCUUGCUGCAUCAACGUCACUGCAGGCUGUGGAAAUGACUUCAAGGUGUCCACCAUCUAUACCCAGGGCUGCUUGGAGAAAAUAGGGGUCUGGCUGAGGAAGAAUAUAUUGCUGGUGGCUGCGGCAGCCCUGGGCAUUGCUUUUGUGGAGAUCCUGGGAAUCGUCUUCUCCUGCUGCCUGGUGAAGAGUAUCCGAAGCGGCUACGAAGUAAUGUAGCGGGGUCUGGUCCCUUCCGCCUCUUCAUCUAAGGGAGUGGAUUCUCCGGGGUUUUCAAUUAAACGGAUUAUUUUUUCAGACCUAAAAA